AUGAAGACCACAACUCAACACCAGAAACCGCCGAUCCAAAAGAUAGAAGAGCCGAAAAAAGAACAGUGGUGUUUAACCGUCCGCUCCCACAAUCAGCCGUCGACCCACAAUCCGGCCAACCCAUCAUCACCUACCCACGUAACAAGAUCAGAACCACCAAAUACACCCCAUUGUCUUUUCUACCGAAAAACAUCUUCAAACCAGUUUUUCCACAACGUCGCCAACAUCUAUUUCCUCGCGAUGCUCAUCUUGGGAGCGUUCCAGAUUUUCGGUGUACCCAGUCCCGUUCUCGCAGCAGUACCAUUGAUCGUCAUUGUACUAAUCACGGCGUGUAAAGACGCUAUCGAAGACUCCAGGCGAACGGGUUCGGACAUGGAGAUUAACAACCAAUACACUCACAUUCUCGUGCACGCGGCCGAAAACUCCGAAUACGAAAACCCCAACGUGUCGCAAGAAAAAGUGUCGUACUGGCGUCGGUUCAAAAAGUUGAAUUCUCGUCUUCUUUUCCGGUUCAUUCGCUUUCUCGAACGCAACGUUACCAAAAAGGGACGCGCUGAAAAGGCCCGUCAAGAGGUGGCAGAACCUCAAAAUAUCCGUAAAUCUUUCGAUAGCGAUAUUAUGUCGGAUAUUCAGUCGCCAAGACCAUCAGGAGAUAUACGCCGAUCGAUGCAGAGAACCCGCCCUUCGGGUCAAUAUUCUCGAAGAUCGGGGGUACAUCGUCAAAAGACACUUCGGUAUGCGAGAAAAUACUGGAAGGAUGUCCGUGUAGGCGACAUUGUCCGGGUUCAAAAUAACGAAGAAAUCCCAGCAGAUUUGGUAAUUAUUUCAACUAGUGACGACGACAACUGUUGCUAUGUCGAGACAAAAAAUCUUGACGGAGAGACAAACUUAAAGGUCCGUCAAGCCCUUAAAUAUGGUUCAUUGGGCUCCAAAAUCCAACGAGCUGAUGACCUUCUUCUGCGUGAAUUUCAAGUUAACAGUGAGGGUCCUCAGGCCAAUCUUUACUCAUACCAGGCUAACAUAAGCUACAAGCAUCCUGUCACAUCCGAAGAGGCGACAGAAAGUGUCACUAUAAACAAUCUUCUCUUGCGUGGAUGUUUUUUGAGGAAUACAAAAUGGGCAAUUGGUAUUGUUGCAUUUACCGGUGAAGAUACCAAAAUCAUGAUGAAUGCCGGAAUCACACCUACAAAGCAAUCGAGGCUUUCACGAGAGCUCAACUAUUAUGUUGUUCUCAAUUUCGCUAUCCUCUUCAUUCUUUGUUUCUCAUCGGGUAUCAUCAAUGGAUUCUACUAUCGAACUCACGAUACUUCGAGGGACUAUUUCGAAUUUGAAACAAUUGCUGGGACUCCAGCGAAGAAUGGUCUUGUGUCUUUCUUUGUUGCAGUGAUUCUUUACCAGUCGUUGGUCCCCAUUUCUUUGUACAUUACUAUUGAGAUCAUCAAGACCUUACAAGCAUUUUUCAUCUAUUCUGAUGUUUCAAUGUAUUACGAAAGGCUUGAUCAUCCAUGCACACCCAAGAGUUGGAGUAUUUCUGACGACUUGGGGCAGAUAGAAUACAUCUUCAGUGAUAAAACUGGAACGUUGACACAAAAUUUGAUGGAAUUCAGAAAGUGUACUAUUAACGGAAUUUCGUACGGAAAGGCAUAUACCGAAGCAUUAGCUGGGUUGCGGAAACGUCAAGGAAUUGAUGUUGAUGCUGAAGGUGCUCAUGAGCGUCAACUAAUUGCGGAAAAUAAGCAAGAAAUGCUCAAGAUCUUGUCCUCCAUUCAUGACAAUCCUUAUAUGGACGAGUUGACGUUUGUAAGUAAGGAAUUUGCUGAGGAUAUAACUGGUGCUUCAGGAGAACAUCAAAAAGCUUGCAAUGAACAUUUUGCUUUGGCGCUUGCCUUGUGUCACAAUGUUCUUGUUGAGCCAAGAGAAGACGACCCUUCCAAAAUGUUGUUGAAGGCACAAUCACCAGAUGAAGCUGCUCUUGUUGGUACUGUUCGUAGUUUGGGAUUCAAUUUCAAGGCGAAUACGAAAACUGGAGUUGUUGUCGAAGUUCAGGGUGAGACCAAAGAAUAUCAAGUACUCAACACGCUUGAGUUCAACUCUACAAGAAAGAGAAUGAGUGCAAUAAUCAAGAUUCCACCAGAAACUCCCGACGGUGAGCCAAAAGCUCUUCUAAUCUGUAAGGGUGCCGACUCGAUCAUAUACUCGCGUUUGUCUCGUACCCAAAACGACAAAACUCUUUUGGAUUUGACGUCGAAACAUUUGGAGGAAUAUGCUACAGAGGGUUUGAGAACAUUGUGCAUUGCACAGAGAGAAAUUCCUUGGUCGCAGUACCUUGCGUGGAACGUUCGUCAUCAGGAAGCUUCAGCUUCGCUCGAUAGGAGAGAGGAAAAGAUGGAAGCAGUAGCUGAAUCGAUCGAACGUGAGCUUGUACUUUUAGGAGGCACAGCUAUUGAGGAUAGACUCCAGGAUGGAGUUCCUGAUGCAAUUGAAACGCUUGGACGGGCUGGAAUCAAGUUGUGGGUUUUGACUGGUGAUAAGGUUGAAACUGCCAUCAAUAUUGGAUUUUCUUGUAACUUGUUGGGUAACGACAUGGAACUCUUGGUUAUCAAGACUGAAAUGGACGACGAAGAAGCAGCAGAAAUUGGAAUCGAGAACAGCGACAACCAGGCAACUCUUGUUUCACUGUUACUUUCCAGAUACUUGCAAAAGCAUUUUGGAAUGACGGGUUCGUUUGAAGAAAAAGAAGCUGCUAUUGGCGACCACACACCUCCCAACGAAGGCUUUGGAGUAAUCAUUGAUGGUGAUGCUUUGAAGGUUGCGUUGGAGAAUGAAGAUGCCAAACGCAAGUUCCUAUUGCUUUGCAAGCAGUGUAAGGCCGUCAUGUGCUGUCGAGUCUCUCCAGCUCAAAAGGCAGCUGUAGUCAAGUUGGUCAAGGAUACCUUGGAUGUGAUGACUUUGGCCAUUGGUGAUGGUUCUAAUGAUGUUGCUAUGAUUCAGUCUGCUGAUGUUGGAGUUGGAAUAGUGGGAGAAGAGGGACGCCAGGCAGCCAUGUCGUCGGAUUAUGCCGUGGGUCAAUUCAGGUAUUUGACCCGAUUGCUUUUGGCUCAUGGAAGAUGGUCGUACAAGCGAUUCAGUGAAAUGAUUCCUUCUUUCUUCUACAAGAAUGUGAUUUUCUCUGUUGCCUUAUACUGGUAUGGAAUCUAUGAUGAUUUCGAUGGCACCUAUUUGUUCGAAUUCACCUACUUGAUGUUCUACAAUUUGGCAUUUACAUCUUUGGCGGUGAUCUUCUUGGGAGUUUUUGACCAAGAUGUGUCUGCCAAAGUAUCACUUUUGAUUCCCGAAUUGUACCGUACCGGUAUUAUGCGUACGGAAUUCACUCAGUCAAAAUUCUGGUGGUAUAUGGUUGAUGGCAUCUAUCAAUCAGCCAUUUCGUUCUUCUUCCCAUACCUCAUGUAUUAUCGAGGAUUUGCGUCAAUGAACGGAUUAUCCGUGGACCAUCGAUUCUGGAUUGGAAUAGUUGUCACAUGUAUCUCAUGUAUUUCGUGCAACUUUUACAUUUUCCUUCACCAGUACCGGUGGGAUUGGUUAUCGUCAUUGAUUGUUGCUAUUUCCAUCUUGCUCAUCUACAUCUGGACUGGACUCUGGACCACACCUCUCUACAGUGCCGAGUUCUACAAGGCAGCAGAACAAAUGUUUGGAUUGACAGCAUUUUGGGCAUGUUCCUUUAUUGGUAUCAUCGUUUGUUUGAUACCUCGGUUUUUCUACGAUGUCCUUCAACGCCAUUUUUUCCCUCAAGAUAUCGACCUCAUUCGCGAAUGCGUCCAAAGAGGAGAUUUCGAUGCCUAUCCCGAGGACUACGAUCCCACUGAUCCAAACCGGCCCAAGGUCGGCCAGUAUAGCAAUGCGCAGGUGCUGCGGAUGGGAUCGGUUCUGAAUAAUAACUACGAGUCGACUUUGACGUUGAAAACUGAACAAGUUGAAAACUACAACAAUUGGAGCAGCGGCAGUGGAAGUGUAAGCGAUUUAGAGCAGCAAGCCAAAGUGAUGCAAAAUAGCACUGCGAUUCCAACACCUCCUAUCGAGGCAAAUAAUCACCAUCGGGUGAGCAGUCCAACCCCGAAAAACACCGAAUCGGUGGUCCGUCGUGGAGGAAACCGCAAGAGUGUCCUCGACCUUUUUAAGAGGAAAAGCCAGGGAGUUUCAUACUACGAUAACAAUUCUUUGAUAGAUACUUACAAUCCACUGGCAGACGACCUCUCCUCGAUGCGCACCGAGGAAAUUGCCAUGGACGACAUGAGACAUAAUAGAGCAUGA